UGUGACAGUGUCACUAUGCACAGUGAUAUCUAUUUUUAAUGGAGUCCAGACGCGCACGCGCGCACACCGUUUAUUUAUUCAUGAGCAUCAUGCUGGAUAGGGUCCAUAUUUUGCAGGCGGAAGGGCAGAGGUGGAUGUGAGCGGAGCAGCGGCGGCGUGGUCGCGGCCGGACAGACCAACCUGUGCCUGGCUCUACCCGGAACCAUUAUGCAGACAGGAAACUACCAUUUUAACGCUAGCAGCAUCGGAGGAGCCGUCGUCUGCAAGGGGGGACAGCAAAAUCCAACACCGGGAGCAAAACAGCCAACCCAGGUGAAAAGAAGGAAAAACACGACGGAAACAAAACAAAGGCACCGUUUGGGCGAAGACGAGCAGUGAGGCGGUCGAGCUGCAGCCUGGUGGCGGCAGACAAUGGACAUAUCGGACCAGGCCAGCGGAAAUAGUUUUUGUUAGCGAGUGAAAGGCAGCCCUCCCGGGCCGAUGGAGAGCCAGGCCCUUCUCACUGGUUUUUCAUGGAUGAAGGAAAAGGCCCCGCUGACAGGCAGCAGAGACCCCGCUCCCACGGUGCGCCCCUACCUCGAUGUUUUCACACUUUAAUCCCCGUGUUUCUGAGCUUUUUUGCACCCAGACAUCGCGCACUACAAGAUUGUCCAGCUGAGGUCACCGGAGAAAGCGGACAGUUUCCACCCCACAGCUGCGGUCCGGCUGGGAGCUUCAGACGUGCGGAUCAGCUGGCUUCUCGAUGAACUCCAUGAAGGGACAGAAGGGCUGAAACAACGGAGAUACUCCACUUCAUGGACCGCUUACCUGAUUAUGGAACACUUUCAAGAAACACUACAGGCUGUUUUUUAGGAUAAUUUACUAAUUACCUAUUUAUGACUCUUUUUAUAUCAUCCCACAGAAGCACUUGAAAGCUUAACUCCAGACUGGAGAGUAAAAAUAUUAGUGUCACAUUUAUGUGAGGGAAAACAAGCUUCAGCUUUUGGUGGAUUAUUGCAGCUUGUUGGAAGUUUGGGGUAGAAAUCACUGCACGACCACUUCUGAAAAUCAGAACUGGUUCGAUAAGAGGUCACUGCUGUUUGCAGCAGUUGUAUACUCGGUGCACAGGGUAGUUGUGGCGCCAGGACACUUUGCAACAUUUGCAUUGGGAGAUGUUUCAGUUCAGCAAGUACCCCAUGGACAUUUUAGAGAUGCUAAGUGGACACCAAGCCCAUCAGUUCAAAGGCCUUGGACUGGACCGACAACUGAGCCACCAACAGCAAGUCCAACUACAGCAUCAGCAGCAGCUCCAGCAGCAGCACCAGCCCUCCGCUGACACCUCUGGGAGCCUCCUGUCUGGCCUUGGCCUCGGAUCCCUCCAGAGUUCUCGGAGUAAUGCAUUUGCUGACUCAUCAUCGUUGUUUGCCAAAAUGAGUGCCCCUCCCCCAUCCAUCUCCCAUCAGAGCCAGUCAUCCUCUUCAUCUCACAGCUCCAGGAAGUCCAGUAAGAUGAGCAGUAGCAGCAGCAGUGGGAGUUCCUCGUCGGGGUACCCCCAGUUUCUGCGGCCUUUCCACCCAGCUGAGGCUGCACUGGCCCAGGAGCAACUCCACUCUGGGAUGGGACGUUUUGAUUUUGGUGGGGGCAGCAGUGGAGGAGGCGCAGGGGUCUUAGGGGGUGUUGUCACACCUGCGCCUCCACCUCCCCCUCUGCAUCCAGGUCUCUCUGUCCCCCAGCCCUCACCUGGUCCCUCCUCUUCCUCGCCUUCUCCCUCAACAUCUACUUCAGCCUCCAACAACCCCUCCAGCAGCACGGCUGUCCCCUUAGUGGGCCAGUCAGAUCCCCGCAGCCUCCACCAGCAGUUCAGCUGCAUGCUUGCUGCCAACCAGUAUUUCCUGUCCGGUGUCCCCACCAACAGCAGCCUGGAGCAGUUCCUUGUCCAGCAGGGCACUCACAACCACUUGGGCUUGGGCCUCGGCCAGGGGGCCUCCGAGUCAAACUCGGCCCUUGCUCCUCCACCUGCCCUCCACUCCUCCCACAGCCACACAGCUCCACAGCCUCAGCAGCAACAGCAGCAGCUGACCCCUCAUGCCUUAUCUCACCCACACAGCCACACUCACCACCCCCACCCUCUCCACCCAGCCCCCCAGCCUGCCCCACUAGGUGGCUUUGAUUUCCAAGGCAUUCCAGUCCUAUCCUCCAACCAGAUAGCAUCGCUAAUGCAGCAAGAGCCAGGCCUUCCCCUCCCCCUUCCUCUUCACCUGUCCCUCUCUAAAGAUGAUGUAGCAAAGUCAGGAGAUAGCUCAUCUACGUCAGGUUCAAGUGGAGGAAGCAGGAGAAAGAAAGCGAUGGCAGGCUACUUACCCCAGAGGAAAACAGACAGUAGUAGUCACAGCCAUAGCAGCAGCAGUGUUAGCAACUGCCACAACAGCAGCUCAAGUGGGCACAGUCAGAGCUCCUCAUCAGGCCUUGUGGGAGGAGGAUCCGGGGGUGUUGGGAUAGGUGGCAUCGGAAGCGAGCAGCAGCAUUCCUCCCUGCUCUCAUCGUCCUCACAGCAACAGCAGUCAUCCUCCGCUGUCUCCUCCUCAUCAUCUGCCCCUCCUUCUUCAAACUCCACUUCUGUGCUUGUAGCCAACGGUAAUCAACAGCUGUCCAAACCCCAAGAAAGCCACAGUAAUAGUUCUUCAGGCCAACCUGAACCAGAACCCCUCUACCACUGCGGGGAAUGCGGUAAAACCUUCACCCACCUCUCGAGCCUUCGAAGGCAUCUCCGCAGCCAUGGCUUGACAUCAGAAAGCCAAAACAGGAAGCUGGACUGUAACUCCCCCAGCCCAGAGAGGAUAUUCUGCUGUGGUGAGUGUGGGAAGAGAUUUAAAAAGAGAGGUCACCUCAUCCAGCACAGUGUCACCCACUCAACAACCCGGCCUUUUGUCUGCAGCAUCUGCCAAAAGUCAUUUAACCGUCGAGAGUCACUUACGAGACAUGAGAAGAUCCACGAUGAGAAGCCUUUUCGCUGCCCAGCUUGUGGGCGUUGUUUUCGUGAGAGCACCUCCCUGCUUAACCACGCAGCUUCAGGUGCCUGUGGCAAACCUCCUCGGAGUUCAAAAAGCCGGGGUGGCACCGGAGGGAGUGGAUCAUCAAACUUAAGCAGCAGUAAAAUGGGAAGCAGUGAAGACAGGGUAGGAAUUUCAAACAAUGGGGCAGGAAUGGCUAAUGACAAAUAUACAACAGAUUAUUCAAGAAAUCGCUACCAGAAUCCGUCAUCCUACAACAGCGGGGUUGACGACUACAGACGAUCACAGUCCUCCUCUCUCUUCUCCACAGAGACUACGCUAACCACUGGAAUGACCGGCCAGACUCUCCGCAAAGCCCCUUUAGCUCCAACUCUCCAUCCGCACCCUCAGAGUCAGCAGCAGCAGCAGCAGCCACACCUCCCCCUCUCUUCCCUGUUGGAUGAUUCCGAGGAUGAAGUCACUAGCAGCGCGAUGUCAGCCAUUGCUGCUGCAGCUGCAGCCUCUUGUGACAUCAACACAGAAAGCCGGGAAGGAGAAAGAAGGGAUAUAAUCGGUGGCUUGCUGGGGGGGUUGGGGUUUGGUAACAUGGGUGGACCGUCGUCCACGUCAAGCCUCAACGGUUCCACCAUGCCUUUAACACACCCCAGCCAGCCCCACACAAAGCCCAGGAGGCCGAGGAAGCCCAGAGAGAAGAGAGACCCAAGCACCAUCAUUAGGAGGAGGAGGAGCCCUGCGCCUCCAGGGGACGGCUCAGAGAGGCCGUACGGAUGUCCGAUCUGUGGCAAACGCUUCAGAAGGGCAGAGACCCUGCGACGCCACAACCGUGUGCACACAGGGGAGAAGCCUCACGCCUGUGACGUAUGUGGCAAAAUGUUCCGAGAGCCUUUCCACCUCACCAAGCAUCUGACCGUGCACUCUGGUCAAAAGAACUACAAAUGCAACCUGUGCGGGAAGAUGUUUGCCUAUGCACAGAGCCUGGUCCGGCACGGGAAGUUGCACAGGAAAGGGGAGAUCGACAACCAGGGGAGGAGAAUAAAAGGUGCUGCUGCCGCCAUCAGUCAGGUUGCCAACUCAGGAAACUCUGACUACUUCUCAUCUUGCUCCCAAGAGGAAAAGUCUCCAACAUCUGGCACCCCCUCCCAGAGACUUUAUACCUGCACAGUGUGCUGGAAAUCAUUCCGCCACUAUUUCCACCUGACAGCACAUCAGCAGACUGUUCAUGGUGGCGGGGUAGGGCUGGAAAAGUCCUUUCGUUGUGAAGUCUGUGGCAAAGCCUUUGCCUACUCCAACAGCUUAGUGCGGCACAAACUGUCGCAGCAUGGCAUCGACCGCAACGGCCAGCGUGUCAACCAGUCCCAGCCCUCUGGUUACUCGCCCCUUUUCUACGAUUCAGGUUCAGGUUCCAACUACGCUGGGUCAUCUCACAUGCAACAGGGGGCCACUGGGCAGCACCACCAGCAGCAGCAGCAGCAGCAGCUUUUUAUGAAAAACUCACGCCAUGGACAGAUGAGAAAGCAUCGAAAGAAAAAAAGGCGAGUGGUGAUCCACAGCAUCAUGAGAGAUGGAAAGCUGGUGGGUGUGCCUUUGAGUAAGGACACUCGCAGGAAGCUGAUGAUUCUGAGGAAGAAGAGGGGCAAACUGCAGGCACAGCUCAACAAAAAAAAGCUCCUGGCCCAGCUGAGGAUAAAAGGUGGUGUGAUGAAAGUGAAGUCAUGGUGUGGAGGUGCUGUCAGAGUCAUGGGGCUCACUUCCAUGGAUGUCCCUGUGAAACGCUUCCCCUGCCCGAUCUGCCCUAGCACCACAUACGCAAAGCAGGGUUCUCUGCUGGUUCACCACGCUGUCCGGCACCCACCCAGAAACUCAGGCCGCCAUGCUCGACUGCGGUGCCAGGUGUGCGGAAGACGCACCAGCUCAUUACACAAAGCCUUGAAACACAGGGGCCAGCAUCUUAAACAAGCUGCAUUCCAGUGCCACAAAUGCCGACACCGCUUCUGGAACCCCCGGCUCCUGGCCCGCCACAAGUUCUCCUGUCGGGGGAUGACUGGCGGGGGAGGGAACUGGGGACUGAUGAAGAUGAAAUCUCCAUCUCAUGACCAGUCAGAUAGUGACCACUCACCAAUCCAGCUGACAGUUCCAGGUCUGGUCCAGCCUGAGAGAUCAACAGGUCUAACUGAGUACAACCAGUAA